AUGAAUGAGCCGCGACGCAGGGCUCCGGGAUUAAAGCCGCGGAGCUGCUACUGGGACCCAAUCCGGAUCCGAAAAACAGACAGAGACCCCCGGACCCAAUCCGGAUCACAGACACAGAGAGAGAGAGAGAGAGAGAGACCCGGAGAGCCCGGAUCAUAGUGAAAGAGGAUCCCGGAGGUCGAUCGGGAUUCCGGGCGCAAUGGCCACAACCCGAGUGAUUCCGGCUCGGAAAAUGCAGAGGUUCAUCCGGAGCAGCGGCGGAGCGGGCAAGGAGCGGGAUACGGGGAUGUCCCGCCCCCGCUUUGUGGAAUGCUAUGAACUGGGCCCGGCUCUGGGCAGCGGGGGGUUCGGCACCGUCUACUCAGGUAGCCGGCUCUCAGACGGAGCAGCGGUUGCUAUCAAAUACGUCCCGAGAGACAGGAUCACUGACUGGAAGCUACUGAAUGGAUGUGUGGUCCCCCUGGAGAUUGUGUUGCUGAGGAAGGUGUCAACUGGAUUCCGCGGUGUGAUUCAGCUGCUAGACUGGUAUGAGCAGCCAGACGGCUUUCUCCUGAUCAUGGAGCGCCCAGAGCCAGUGCAGGAUUUGUUUGAUUAUAUCACGGAGCAUGGUGCACUAUCUGAGGAGACAGCCUGCAGCUUCUUCAGGCAACUUCUGGAGGCAGUGGAACACUGUCAUCGUUGUGGUGUGGUCCAUCGAGACAUCAAAGAUGAGAAUAUCCUGGUGGAUCUCCGCACUCUUGAGCUCAAACUCAUUGAUUUUGGAUCUGGAGCAUUGCUGCAGGAUACUGUCUACACGGACUUUGAUGGUACACGUGUUUAUAGCCCCCCAGAGUGGAUUACCCAUCACCGCUACCAUGGCCGCUCAGCCACAGUGUGGUCACUCGGGAUUCUGCUGUAUGAUCUGGUCUUUGGAGACAUCCCUUUUGAACAGGAUGAGGAGAUUACACAAGGAACAAUCCCCUUUCAUCGGCCUCUUUCUGCAGAAUGCCAAGAUCUCAUACAGUGGUGUCUGUCUCUUCGCCCAUCUGAUCGCCCAACACUGGACCAGAUCCUGUCUCACCCAUGGAUGAAGCAGGGCACUGAGGGGCUGGCUAUGAAAGGCCUCGAACUAUCAGACAGCUCCAGCCAUGAGAGUCUGUGAUUUCCUGGAGCUGAAAGCUGCAAGUCACAGGAAGUACUACAGAUGUGUGCUACCUAUCGCGGGAGCUCCAGCAGAAACUGAGGGCCACCAACCCUCAGGGUGGACACCGGAGCACAGAACGAUGCCACAGCAGAGUUCAAUGGAAGAUUUACUGGCGUGGCGACUGAAGUUAUACUGUCGGUAUUUAUAUAGCCGGAGGGCUACUCAAAAUUGGACUCUCUCCAUGGACCCCUGCUGAAGGGGAUAAAGUGACAAGUGGGCAUGGGCCCAUUAAUAAGGGGGACAGAUCUGUCACUGUAUAACACUGGAGUGCAGUGCUGUUCACAGGUCUGUCACUGUAUAACACUGGGGUGCAGUACCUGUGGGGACAAGUCUGUCACUGCUGAGACUGAUCAAGAAAAGUAUAUUUAUCAUCUGACAAAUGUAAUGGCUGUUGAUGGGAUGAUAGUCUGUGUCCCUAGCAACAGUUCAUGUAGAGGAAGUUCCCUCAGAGUUCUUUGCUUUAAUGACCAAUGUGUUUAUGUAAAAUUGGAAAUGCUCAGGGUUUUGAGUGCUUUAUUUCUCCAAUUAUUUAUCUUUUUGUAAAUGCAUGUUCUGACCCCAGGUGGUGAAUUAAUGAAAGGUGCAAACUGUAAGAUUCUGGUCUGUUUGGGGAUUCGAUUUGGAUCAGGGAGCAGUACUCCCUCUAGGCUCCUUGUUGCUUGGCUGGGAUCUUGCUAUGCCUCAGUCAUUGCUGAGACUGUUGUCCAGACUGAGUAAUUAAAUGAGGUAGAGAACGGGGACACUACACAGAUCUGCAGGAAGUGACAACACCAUGCAUUCGCUGGGUACAAACAGUAAGGUGUUGCAUUAAGGUCAAUUUUCUGAUCCACAUGCUGGUGAUGUACACUUCAGGGAAUCAGGGUGGUGUUCUUCACAGAUAAAAUCACAUAUGUUAAGAAUCAGCCAGAUUGAAAUUGAUACUUUUUAGAAUGGUCAUUCUAUUUAUUGAACAUUCAAAACUGAAUUCCUUUUGAGAAUGAUGUUCUGCACUAUUCAGCUGUUUCAUCUGAAUA